CAUAGAAACGCGGCAGAAGCGCCUGGAGCGUUCAUCUGUCGUUCCCGGGAGAGGAGGCCAGAGGGGAGAGAAGGUCUGGCAAGAGAUGAGAAAGGAAUGAAGAAAGAGGAGGUUCCAGGACCUAGUUUUGCCCUUUCUGGGAACACUUUCAACUGGAGUGUGAGAUUUCUAACUAGAAAUUUGGGGUAUAUCAAAGAAGACAAAGAGAAGAGUAUACCAGUUGCUGGCCGUUUCCUAAAACAGAAGAAAAUGAUCCAGGCUCAGGAAUCGCUGACGCUGGAAGAUGUGGCCGUGGACUUCACCUGGGAGGAGUGGCAGCUCCUGGUCCCCCAUCAGAAGGACCUGUACAGGGACGUGAUGUUGGAGACCUACAGCAACCUGGUGUCAGUGGGGUAUCAACUCGGCAAACCAGACAUUCUCUCCAAGUUGGAACGAGGGGAAGAACCAUGGACAAUAGAAGAUGAACUCCACAGUCUAGUCUGUCUAGACACUAGCAAAGUUGAAAAUUAUCUCCAAGGUCAGUGGGAAAAUCAAAGAAUGAUGAAAGGUAUAGAACAAAACUACAGACACAAUACAUUUGGAAAUACUGUUCUUCAAAGCAAAAGUCAUUUUCCUUUCAGGCAAAAUCAUGGUAUGUUAGAGUUGUACAUGAAAACUCUGAAAUCAAAUUUAAGUUUGAUCAAACCGAGUAAAAUCUAUGAAACUAAGAACUCUGCUAAAUUGAAUGGAGAUGGAAAAUUAUUUCAGCAUGGCAAUCAUGAAGAUUUUCAUCUUAGAGUUAAAUUCCCUGUCAGUGCAAAACGCACCAGCAGUAAGUCCCAGGUCAUUAAGCAUCAGAGAUCUCAUGAAGUGGAGAAAGCCCACAUGUGCAGUGAAUGUGGGAAAGCCUUCAUUAAGAAGUCUCAGCUCACUGAUCAUGAGAGAGUUCACACAGGAGAGAAACCUUAUGGAUGCAGUCUGUGUGCAAAAGUAUUCUCCAGAAAGUCCAGGCUCAAUGAACAUCAGAGAAUUCACGAAAUAGAGAAAUCCUUUAUAUGCAGUGACUGUGGCAAAGUCUUCACUAUGAAGAGCCGUCUGACUGAACACCAGCGAAUUCACACUGGAGAAAAACCCUACGUGUGCAGUGAAUGUGGAAAAGGCUUCCCAGGGAAGCGUAAUCUCAUUGUACAUCAACGAAAUCAUACUGGAGAGAAAUGCUUUGUCUGUAGUGAAUGUGGGAAAGGCUUCACUGGGAGGAGCAUGCUCAUCAUACAUCAGCGAACUCAUACAGGGGAGAAACCCUACACUUGCAGUGAGUGUGGGAAAGCCUUCACCACGAAGCACUAUGUCCUCAUACAUCAACGAAAUCAUACAGGAGAGAAACCAUAUGUAUGCAAUGAGUGUGGAAAAGGCUUUACCAUGAAGAGCCGUCUGAUUGAACAUCAGCGAAUGCACACUGGAGAGAAACCCUAUGUGUGCAGUGAAUGUGGAAAAGGCUUUCCCAGGAAGAGUAACCUCAUUGUGCAUCAGAGAAAUCAUACAGUACAGAAAUCCUAUGUAUGUGGUGAAUGUGGGAAAGGCUUCACUGUGAAGAGCAUGCUUAUCAUACAUCAGCGAACGCAUACUGGAGAGAAACCCUACAUCUGCAGUGAGUGUGGGAAAGGCUUCCCCUUGAAGAGUCGGCUAGUUGUACAUCAGCGAACACAUACUGGAGAGAAACCGUACAGAUGCAGUGAAUGUGGGAAAGGCUUCAUCGUGAACAGUGGGCUGAUGUUACACCAGCGAACUCAUACUGGAGAGAAACCCUAUAUAUGCAAUAAAUGUGGAAAAGGUUUUGCCUUUAAGAGCAAUCUUGUGGUACAUCAGCGGACUCAUACUGGAGAGAAACCCUUUUCAUGCAGUGAAUGUGGAAAAGGCUUUAUCAUGGAAACUGAGCUCAUUUUACAUCAGCAAAUCCAUACUGGAGAGAAACCUUACGCAUGCAAUGAAUGUGGGAAAGGAUUUGCUGUGAAAAGUCGUCUAAUCGUCCAUCAACGAACUCACACAGGAGAGAAACCUUUUGUGUGCAGUGAAUGUGGGAAAGGCUUCUCUUCUAAGAGAAAUCUCCUUGUACAUCAUAGAACUCAUACUGGGAACAAACCCUAACA